GGAGGGGAGUGACAGGGGCCAUUUUGGUUCCGCGGAGCGUCGGGGCUGCCCGCGGUGUGACCAGGGGCUAAGGCUAACCGUGGGUCCACGAGAACCAGGAAUCUGGCAGAGUGCCCUGAGAUGAGCUCUGCACUCCGAGCAAUGACAGGUCCCACCGGACUGGGCUGAGACCUCGCCCUGGACAAUGGCCAAGGGACUCCUGGUGACCUAUGCCCUCUGGGCUCUAGGGGGCCCUGCUGGGCUCCACCAUCUGUACCUGGGAAGGGACAGCCACGCCCUGCUCUGGAUGCUCACCCUGGGUGGCGCUGGACUGGGCUGGCUCUGGGAGUUCUGGAAGCUCCCAAGCUUUGUAGCUCAGGCCAACAGAGCCCAGGGCCAGAGACCAAGCCCGGCAGUGGGGAUACCCCCUCUGAGUCCCAUUCGUUUUGCUGCCCAAAUCCUAGUGGGUAUCUAUUUUGGCCUUGUGGCUCUGGUCACUCUUUCUUCAAUGGCCAACUUCUACAUUGUGGCUCUGCCCCUGGCAGUGGGCCUAGGGGUCCUGCUGGUGGCUGCUGUCGGCAGCCAGACCUCAGACUUCAAGAACACGCUUGGGGCAGCAUUCCUCACCUCUCCCAUUUUCUACGGCCGCCCUGUGGCCAUCCUGCCCAUCAGCCUGGCUGCCAGCCUCGCAGCCCAGAAGCACCGGCGUUACAAAUCUCCCAUGAGGUCUGAGACACUCAGUGUGCGGCUGUACCGCCUGGGCCUGGCCUACCUUGCUUUCACGGGCCCGUUGGCAUACAGUGCCCUUUGCAACACGGCUGCCACCCUCCGCUAUGUGGCAGAAACCCUGGGCUACUUCCUGAGUUGGUUCAGCUUUUUCCCACUGCUCGGUCGCCUCGUGGAGGGUGGCCUCCUGUUGCCUUGCCGUGUCUGGUGGCUGCUGCUGGGGGACCCUGGCUUCAGCAGCAGCUCCUUCCAGGAGUGGGAGAAGCUCUAUGAGUUUGUGGACAGUUUUCAGGAUGAGAAGCGGAGGCUGGCUUCCCAGGUUUUGGGCCUUUCAGAAGGGGCAACAAAUGAAGAAAUACAUCAGCGCUACCGGGAGCUGGUGAAAGUCUGGCACCCGGACCACAACCGGGAACAGUCAGAGGAGGCCGGGAGGCGCUUCCUGGAAAUCCAGGCUGCGUAUGAAGUCCUGAGUCAGCCCAGGAGGGCCAGGGCCUCCGGGAGGUGAGAGCCAGCCUUCCUCACAGUGCAAGCUGGCCAGCAGUGCUGGAGUCUUGCUUGCUGACACAAAGCAUCCCAACGACGUUGAAGAAAUAAGCUUGCAGUCGAGAUGAGCAAACUUUAAAGGGGUGGGAAGGGUUAUGGUGAAAGCCUGU